AUGGCCGCGCUGCUUCAGAUCGCUUCAAAACAAGCUCCCCAAAUUAAUCGUAGUUUGCUGGAGUGUGUUCGUCUUUCGUUCAAAAAUCCGCAUCCAAUCGGCGAAACCUACUGUCGGUUUCAUUCGCGGCAAUUGCAUAGCAGAGCGGCCGCUACUGCUAACCUGCACGAUGACUCCCGAUUUAGAAAGCAAGAAGCAAAAGGAAGCACUUUGGGUAAACCAUGGCGCUACUACUCCACCCAAGUCCCAUCGGAUAAAAAGGAUCAGCAAACGACCGAAAAUGCUCUCUUGAACAUAUUUCAGAAGAGGAAAAAGGGGCACCAUCCGGCGUCGGGCGAAUCGAUCGGGACGUACGAAGGACCGGAAAUUAAGGCCACCGAUAUGAUCAAGGCGAUGGCGACCUAUAUCUGGCCGAAGGAUGAUGCGAUGGUGAGAAAGCGCGUCCUGAUAUCGCUGAGCUUGCUGGGAGGAGCGAAGGUCCUGAACGUCUGUGUUCCGUUCCUCUUCAAAAUGGGAGUUGAUAACCUCAAUCUGCUGAGCAUGGACACGGUCCCGCAAGCUGCGUCCGCAUUAACCAUUUCCGUGCUAUUGGGAUAUGGUAUAGCGCGUGCCGGUGCGGCCGGUUUCAACGAGCUGCGCAAUGCGGUUUUUGCACGUGUGGCUCAACAUUCUAUACGCAAAAUUGCCACCAACGUGUUCUUACAUCUGCACAACCUCGAUCUGCAAUUUCAUCUCAGCAAGCAAACGGGGGCUUUGUCCAAGACGAUCGAUCGAGGAUCGCGGGGUAUUAAUUUCGUACUAACCGCAAUGGUGUUCAACGUUGUGCCCACAAUGUUCGAGUUGGCGUUGGUGUCCAGCAUACUCGGUAUGAAGUGUGGCCUCGCGUACGCCGCCCUCUCGAUGGGCUGCGUCGGAGUGUACAGUGCCUAUACCCUGGCGGUGACGCAGUGGCGCACCAAGUUCCGCAUCUACAUGAAUCAGGCGGAAAACGAGGCCGGUAAUAAGGCGGUCGAUUCGCUGAUCAACUACGAAACGGUCAAGUACUUCAACAACGAACAGUACGAAGCGAACCGCUACGACAAGGUGCUGAAAAAGUACGAGGAGGCGAGUCUGAAGACGAGCACUAGCCUGGCGUUGCUAAACUUUGGCCAGAAUGCCAUCUUCAGUGUGGCCCUUAGUACGAUCAUGGUGAUGGCGGCGAAUGAAAUAGCCCAGGGUCGCAUGACCGUGGGCGAUCUGGUGAUGGUGAAUGGACUUCUGUUUCAACUGUCGAUUCCCCUCGGAUUCCUCGGUAGCGUUUAUCGUGAGGUGCGCCAGGCACUGCUCGAUAUGCGCACCAUGUUCACGCUGAUGGGUGUGGAGAGUGCGAUACAGAACCGCGUGAAUGCGCCCCCACUGGAUGUGCGGCGUGAAACGGCUUCAAUCGAGUUCCGCAACGUGGGCUUUCGCUACGCACAGAGCAAUGACAUCUUCAAGGAUCUUUCGUUCACCAUUCCGGCGGGCAAGAAAAUUGCCAUCGUCGGUGGAUCGGGUUCGGGUAAAUCUUCCAUGGUACGCCUGCUGUAUCGAUUCUUCGAGCCAACGGCGGGCCAGAUACUGAUCAACGGGCAAAAUAUCCGCGAUGUAGACUUGCAAAGCUUGCGUCGGGCGAUCGCCGUCGUACCGCAAGAUUCGGUUCUGUUUCACGAUACCAUUCGGCACAAUAUCCACUACGGGGAUCUCUCGCGAUCGCAGGAGGACCUAGAGAAUGCGGCCCGCAUGGCGGACCUGCAUGAAUCGAUUUUGCAUUGGCCGAAGCAGUACGACACGCAGGUCGGAGAGCGUGGCCUUAAGUUGUCCGGUGGAGAAAAGCAACGGGUAGCGAUUGCGCGUGCAAUUUUAAAGAACUCACCCAUCCUCGUAUUCGACGAAGCCACCAGUAGCUUGGAUUCCAUCACCGAACAGAAUAUACUGCAAGCAUUGGCACGAGCAACCGACAACCGUACCAGCAUUUGCAUCGCCCAUCGUCUGUCGACAGUGAUGGAUGCGGAUGAAAUAUUGGUCCUAGAGAAUGGUCGCGUUUGUCAGCGGGGUACCCAUGAUCAGCUACUGCGAAGCGGAGGUCUAUACACAAAACUUUGGGACACCCAGAAUCGCCUCUACAACAUUAGCAGCAAAGCCGCUGGCAAAGGAGCUGCAACGGAUGGGGAGAAGUAAUUAGAAACGUGUAAAAAUUACGAAUCAAGAUCAAGAUUAUUCGAACGUGCAUGAUACGAGAUCCACUGUUAACUAUUUUUAAGCCGAGAAUGGCAAUCGGACAAACCUCUAAAAGAGGAGAAAAAGGAAAGACGUUCUUUUCGUCACUCGUGUGAUUCGAGUACAAAAGUUAUUUUUCUAGCGUAUUAUCAAUUAACGUGUACAGUGCAACCAAAUCGAUUUCAUAGAAAAUGCAAUAAAGAAUCUUGAAAAUGCCGA